AUGCUCGCAUUCAAUGGUUCAGUCUUCAUGCCCUCUGUAUUUAUACUAAUUGGGAUUCCUGGUCUGGAGUCAGAGCAGUGUUGGAUCGGGAUUCCCUUCUGUGGCAUGUACUUUAUUGCUGUGAUUGGAAAUUCCUUACUUCUAAUUAUUAUCAAGCAUGAAAACAGCCUCCAUGCACCCAUGUACAUUUUUUUGGCCAUGUUGGCGGCCACAGACAUUUCACUUAGCACUUGUAUUCUUCCCAAAAUGUUAGGCAUCUUUUGGUUUCAUUUGCCAGAGGUUUAUUUUGAUACCUGCUUGCUGCAAAUGUGGCUUAUUCACUCAUUUCAGGCAAUUGAAUCAGGCAUCUUGCUUGCAAUGGCCCUGGAUCGCUAUGUGGCCAUCUGUUACCCCUUGAGACAUGCCACCGUUUUUUCUCAACAACUUUUGACUCAUAUUGGAGUUGGGGUGACACUCCGUGCUGCCAUCCUUAUAGCACCCAGCAUACUGCUUAUCAAAUAUCGUCUCCAACUCUACCGAACUACAGUAGUCUCCCACUCUUAUUGUGAGCACAUGGCCAUUGUGAAGCUGGCCACUGAAGACAUCCGAGUCAACAAAAUAUAUGGCUUAUUUGUUGCCUUCACAAUCCUAGGGUUUGACAUAAUCUUUAUCACCUUGUCGUAUGUCAGCAUUUUUAUCACUGUCUUUCAACUGCCCCAGAAAGAGGCACGAUACAAGGCCUUCAAUACAUGCAUUGCCCAUAUUUGUGUUUUCCUACAGUUCUACCUCCUUGCUUUCUUCUCUUUCUUUGCACACAGAUUUGGCUCUCACAUACCUCCAUAUGUCCAUAUCCUCUUGUCAAACCUUUACCUGUUAGUCCCACCUUUUCUCAACCCUAUUGUCUAUGGAGUAAAGACCAAGCAAAUCCGUGACCAUGUCCUGAAAAUGUUUUUCUCCAAAAAAGUAACUUGA